CAAUACUUUGUAUUGUGGGUAUGGGUGGGAUGGGUAAGACCACACUUACUCAACAUGUAUACAAUGAUCCAAAGACAGACGAAGCUAAAUUUGAUGAAAAGGCUUGGGUUUGCGUUUCUGAUGCAUUUGAUGCCUUGAGAGUAUCCAAAGCAAUUAUUGGAGCUUUCACUAACUCAAGAGAUGACAGUGGCGACCUAGAAAUGAUUCAUGGAAAAUUGAAAAAAAGGUUGUCCGGAAGGAAGUUUCUUCUGGUUCUGGAUGAUGUUUGGAACGAAGACCGAAAUCAAUGGAAAGCAUUACAAACUCCUCUUACNUUUGGAGCUAAAGGAAGUAAAAUUAUAGUCACAACACGCAGUCACAAAGUUGCUUCUAUCAUGCAGUCAACCUACAUACACCAACUAAAGCAAUUAGAUGAAGAUCACAGCUGGCAAACUUUUGCUAAACACGCAUUCCAAGAUGAAAAGUUGAAGUCUGAGUUAAAGGAGAUUGGUACGAAGAUAGUUAAAAAGUGCCAAGGAUUGCCUCUUGCCCUUGAAACAAUAGGAUGUCUUUUACAGUCAAAGUCAUCUGUUUCAGAAUGGGAAGGUGUAUUGAAAAGCGAGAUAUGGGACUUACCAAUAGAAGAUAGUAAAAUCGUCCCUACUUUGUUGUUGAGCUAUUACCAUCUUCCUUCUCAUCUCAAGAGAUGUUUCGCUUAUUGUGCAUUAUUCCCCAAAGACCAUAGGUUUGACAAGGAGAGCUUAAUUUUGUUAUGGAUGGCUCAAAAUUUUGUACAUUGCUCUCAACAAAGCAAGCCUCCNGAAGAAGUAGGUGAAAACUACUUCAAUGAUCUNGUAUCAAGGUCAUUCUUUAAACAAAUAACUUGGUACAACGAAACAUAUUUUGUUAUGCACGACCUUCUCAAUGAUUUAGCAAAAUAUGUUUCAGGUGAAAUCUGCUACAGGUUAGGUGUUGAUGGUGAAAAAAUAGUAUCAAGGAAAACCCGUCACAUAUACGUAAGCUGUCCAAUUCAAUAUUAUACGACUUUAUGUGAUGCUAAAGGGUUACGGACAUUUAUAGCAAUUCAGAAGCGUUGUAAGAUGCCAAUAGAAGAGUUAAUCUCCAACUUUAAGUUUUUACGGGUCUUAUCAAUGCGUUGGUGUAUUAAGGUGCCUGGCACUAUAGGCAAUCUUAUACAUCUCCGUUCGUUAGACCUUUUGGGUACCGACAUAGAGAGACUUCCUGACUCAAUCUGUUCACUCUAUAACUUGCAAGAAUUGAAACUAAACAAUUGUGUCAAAUUGAAGGAGUUGCCUUUGACUUUGCAUGGGCUCACCAAUUUGCGCCGCCUUGAACUUAUCGGAACUACUUUAACAAUGGUUCCACACCGUUUAGGAAAGUUGAAGAAUCUUCAGGUGUGGAUGGACAAUUUUGAGGUUGGCAAAAGUAGUGAGUUCAGUAUUCAACAAUUAGGAGAACUUGAUCUUCAUGCAGAGUAGUUCUCAAUUAAAAAUCUUGAAAAUAUCUCAAAUCCCUAUGAGAUGAAUUUGAAGAAUAAAACACGUAUUAUGAGCUUGAGAUUACAAUGGAAUUUAGAGCGGAACGAUGACGAUUCAAUAAAAGAAAGAGAAGUACUUGAGAAUCUGCAACCUUCCAGACAUUUGAAGCACUUGUCAAUAGAUGGCUAUGGUGGCACACAAUUUCCCCGUUGGUUAUCCAAUAAUUCUUUAUCGAAUUUGGUGUCCUUAACCUUGAAAAAUUGUAAAUAUUGCUUAUGGUUGCCUUCCCUUGGACUUUUGACAUUUCUGGAGGAGUUGAGAAUUGAUGGCCUUGAUUGGAUAGGAAGGAUAUAUGCUGAUUUCUACGGGAAUAGCUCUUCUGCAUUUGCAUCGUUGAAAACGUUGAGCUUUAAAGAUAUGAAGGAAUGGGAAGAAUGGCAGUUCAUGACCGGUGCUUUUCCAAGUCUUCAAAGUCUUUUUCUGACGAAUUGUCCCAAGCUAAAAGAAUUGCCAAACAUACUUUGUCAUUUAAAGAGACUAUUUAUAAAUAACUGCCGCCAACUUGGGGCUCCGAUUCCUGUGGCCGGAGAGAUUCCCAGGCAGGUUAUUUAUUUUGGUCCAGGCAUCAGUAUUCCCAUUAGCCAUUGGUACCAUUCCCUUGUUGAAUUGGAUAUCGGACAUGGUUGUGACUCUCUCACUACCUUUCCUCUAGAUUUGUUCCCAAAACUCGGCGAGCUUUCUUUAAUACACUGUUACAAUCUACGGAUAAUAUCGCAGGAGCACCCUCAUAAUCAUUUGAAGUAUUUGAUGAUUCGACAUUGCCCUGAAUUUGAAUCAUUUCCCAAUGAAGGAUUAUUUGUACCUCAGCUAGNGNCAUUNNNUAUUANNGGAUUNGAGAAAUUGAAGUCAAUGCCUAAAUGCAUGUCUGCCCUUCUUCCAUCUCUUAAUUGUCUGUACAUACGCAAUUGUCCAGCGCUGGAGUUGUCCGAAGAAUGUUUGCCAUCAAAUGUAAAACUCUUGUAUCUCGUGAAUUGCUCCAAACUUGUGGCCUCCCUAAAGGGCGCUUGGGGAAUCAACCCUUCCUUAAAAGACUUACAUAUUAGCAAAGUGGAUUUGGAGUGUUUUCCGGGUAAAGGUUUGCUCCCACUUUCUCUUGUUAAACUAGAGAUAGAUAAUUAUCCAAAUCUUAAGAAACUGGACUACAGGGGUCUCUGUCACCUCUCCUCUCUUCAGAUAUUGACUCUUUAUAACUGUCCUAGACUCCAAUGCUUGCCAGAGGAGGGUCUGCCCAAAUCCAUUUCAACACUCGAAAUUGAAGAUUGUCCGUUACUCAAACAGCGGUGCAAGAAAGAAGGUAAAGACUGGGAAAAGAUUGCUCACAUUAAAUCCAUAUGCGUUGAUUAACAAGAAGUAAAGAUAUAAGUGGAAAGACAAAGUGUACGAAUGCAGCAGUUCUCAUAUGCUUACAUUUGUCGUCUGGUUCGUCAGAUUCUCCUCACUAUCUUUGAAGCAUUUCAAAUACAGUCUUAUUUACUGCAAAUAUUUUAAUAUCAAAUUUUUUUCUUUUUAAGGUCGUAUUAUCGUUAUUCUCUUUUGAAGUUGGUUAGCAAUGUUUAUACUUAAGAAACAGAGUUAUGGUUAAAAAACAGUCCAGGAUACCUUUUGAAAUGAGGAAGGAGUUCUUCUUCAAAGUUCAAGCGAUCAGCGUUGUCAAGUAUCUGCUUACUAAGAAUGUCAAAUUUCAUGAAAACUUAGACUUAGGUCCAAAAAUGGAUUUUAUAUCCCAAACACACUUUAUAUAGUUUGGCGUGUGCAUAACUUCUUUUAUGCCUAUUUUUCUUUUUGCUUAUAUUUAAUUUA